CUGGCGUCACAACAGGAAAAAAGGUCUGAACUCGAUCGAACAGCAAAGAAAGGAGAGACUGUAGUACCUGGAGGCACUGGUGGCAAAAGUGUUGAAGCUCAGGAGCACCUUGCUGAGGGGAGGAGCCGUGGAGGUCAGACGAUAAAAGAGAGAAAGGACUAACUAGGAACUGAAGGCUACCUGGAAAUGGGGGGAAAUGGAGGUCUGAGCACCGGCGAUAAGUCUGGUGGUGACCGUGCGCAGCGAGAAGGGGUUGAGAAAGAUGAGUCCAAGUAUAAGACCAAGGAUUGA